ACACACGCCGUCCCCAUCACACCCCCGUUUCUGCCACAACAACAAUGACCUCCCAGUCCUCGAGCUCCCAGAUCGCAUGGCUUGCCGGCCUCAACCCCCACUUCGACUCCCCCACUGGGGACCAGAAGUUUAUGCGCAAGACUUCCAUCAUCGGCACCAUCGGUCCCAAGACUAACAGCAUUGACAUGAUCACCCAGCUGGCUGAUGCUGGUCUCAACAUUGUCCGCAUGAACUUCUCCCACGGCUCUUACGAGUACCACCAGUCGGUCAUUGACAACGCCCGCGAGGCCGCAAAGCGCAGCCCCGCUGGCCGCCCCAUUGCCAUCGCCCUUGACACCAAGGGCCCCGAGAUCCGUACCGGUCUCAUGGCCAACGAGUCGGACGUUCCCAUCCCCGCGGGACACGAGUUCUGGGUGACCACCGACCCCUCCUUCGCUGAGGCGGGCAACGCCGACCAGAUCUUCAUGGACUACCCCAACCUUCCCAAGGUCACCGCGCCUGGCAAGUACAUCUUCGUUGAUGACGGCAUCCUGUCGCUUCAGGUCGUCUCGAUUGAUGGCGCCCGUCUCCGCGUUAAGGCCCUCAACGCCGGUACCCUGUCCUCGCGCAAGGGUGUUAACCUUCCUAAGACCCACGUCGACCUCCCCGCCCUUUCGGAGAAGGACAAGGCCGACCUCGCUUUUGGCGUGCGCAACAAUGUCGACAUGAUCUUUGCCUCGUUUAUCCGCCGCGCCCAGGACGUCCGUGACAUCCGCAAGGCGCUCGGCACUGAGGGUGCAGGCAUCAAGAUCAUCUCCAAGAUUGAGAACGAGCAGGGCCUCACCAACUUUGACGAGAUUCUGCGCGAGACUGACGGUGUCAUGGUUGCCCGUGGUGACCUUGGUAUCGAGAUCCCCGCCUCGCAGGUCUUCCUCGCCCAGAAGAUGAUGAUCGCCAAGUGCAACGUCGCCGGCAAGCCCGUCAUUUGCGCCACCCAGAUGCUCGAGUCGAUGACUGUCAACCCACGCCCUACCCGGGCCGAGGUCUCUGACGUCGCCAACGCUGUCCUUGACGGCGCUGACUGUGUCAUGCUUUCGGGAGAGACUGCCAAGGGCAAGUACCCUCUUGAGGCCGUCCGCAUGAUGGCCGAGACCGCAUACGUCGCCGAGUCGGCCAUCUCGUACGCACCUCUGUUCGACCAGCUUCGUGCCCUUACCCCUCGCCCCACUGAGACCGCGGAGACGCUUGCUCUUGCUGCCGUCGCCGCCUCGAUGGAGCAGGAUGCCGGCGCCAUCAUUGUCCUUUCCACCUCGGGUGUCUCGGCGCGCCUCAUCGCCAAGUACCGCCCCUCGUGCCCCAUCAUUUGCGUCACCCGUAAGGACCAGACCGCCCGUCAGCUCCACCUUUCGCGCGGCGUCUACCCCGUGUGGUACCCUGAGCCCCGUGGUGUUCCUCAGGAGAAGUGGCAGAUCGACGUUGACAACCGUAUCCGCUACGGUCUCAAGGUCGCCGUCAACCUCGGCAUUGUCAAGCCCGAGGCCACCGUUAUCGCUGUGCAGGGCUGGAAGGGCGGCCUUGGCCACACCAACACCCUCCGCAUUCUCUCGGUCCCCACCGACCCAUCCGACCUCGAGAUUGCCUACAUUGAGCGCGAGUAAGCGCCUAUCGAUGCGAGUGAGCCAGCCGCCCCUUGUGCGUAUAUCCCGGCGCUGCUCCGCUGCCGAUCUGGAAGGGAGAUAUAUGAUUUCUGUUUCCUCGAGACGAGUUGGGAAGGCGCGGGCACAUUGGCCAAAGCGCAUACCGCUCUGUCACUGUAAUAGGC